ACGAAGCAGUGAAGCGGCGGCCCAGAGAAUACCACGAUAUAUAUAUAUAUAUAUAGACAUAUAUAGAGAGUGACAGAGAGAGAGAGAGAGAGGGAGAGAGAUACUAAAUAGGUCAGAGCAAUCAGCAACAAACAGCAGAAGAAUGGUGGAUUUCCGUUUCGACAUUAAACCGCUGUUUCCGCAGUCAAUUAUUAAAGUGACAUCCAAUCUCUUGCCGCACACCUUUCGCGGCGAUCGGCGUCAGUGUUUAGAUGCCACCUCAAAGAUGUCGGAAAUAAUUGAUAGAUUGGGUCAAUUAUCGGCCACAUCGCAGGGUUUAAGUAAGCCAGUGACCACAGCACAGCGUCUCAGAAUGUCUGAGAAUCAGACAAUCUAUCUGCUGGCAGAUAGCAAUGCUGGACACAACGGUGCUGUUAUUGGCCUUCUUAAAGUUGGCACCAAGGAUCUCUAUUUGUUCGAUGAAACCGGUCAGACACGUAAAGUGGAGCAGGCUCCAUCGAUUCUCGAUUUCUAUGUCCAUGAGUCGCGUCAACGUUCGGGCCUGGGCAAACGUCUCUUUGAGACUAUGCUGAAAGAGGAACAUUGGACCCCAAUCAAAUGUUCUGUGGAUCGUCCAUCUGAGAAACUUUUGGCAUUUUUGGCCAAACAUUAUGGUCUACAGCGUACCAUACCGCAAGCGAAUAAUUUUGUUCUAUACGAGGGUUUCUUUAACAAUAAUAAUGAUAAUGAAAAUGGUUCAAACCAUUCCAAUUCUCAAUCUGCGGCCAAUGGACAUGGAAAUGGCCUGCACAUAACAAACAGUCCUAACACUCAACUAUUUGGUGCUACUUAUCUGGGCGAUGAGGCUAACAAAAGACGUGGAUCACAGCAACAACAGACUUCAUCGAAUGUUUUGUUGCAGCAAAUAACACAGAUCUCACCAUCGGGACGCUAUGGUGCACCGCGUCCCACAUGCAGUAUGGCGGAGAUAAUUCAUGCUGGUGGCUCUAAGAAUGGCAGCAACAAAGUUGCCGGUGGUGGAGGAGGAGUGGGUGGUGGUGGCGGCGUCGAGUCAAGCAGCGGCGGCCAUGACUUGGCAGAACUAGCAGCCCAAUUGCAGAUGCAUGAUCCAGAACCCGAAAUUCACGUAUCUCAACUUCAACCCGAGCUUGACCCAGAGCCAGAGGAAGAACCAGAGGAUGAGCUGGAGGAGAUACCACCAUCUCCAUUGCCGCCAACACCGCCGCGGAAGGCCCACACACCGACACCGCCGUCGGUACGUUCGCCGGAGGCUGCGGAGAGCAUCAUUGGGGAUAAUCGUAAGCCACCGGCAUUCCAAUUGUCCAAACAACACACUGGCAUGAAGAAUCGCUCUUUUGGUGUGGGCAUGGCUGUUAUGCCCAGCAGUAAAAUGGAAUUCAAUCAAUUGGAACGUGAAGAUUUCGGUGUGGUUAAAAUAAAUCGUCCGCCCGGACAUGAAUUAACCUCACCGGGUCAAGAUAACACAGAUGCCAUGUCCACAGUAUCGGGUGCCAAUGGUGCUGGAGGAUUAACCGAUCAGGGUUAUUAUGAUCUCAAGUUCUAUCACAAUAAAUUGUGGUAAGCAGCAGCAGCAGCAACAGAAGGAGAUCCGCCAGAGCCAGGAGGCAACAAAUGUCUUAACAUUCGAUUUUUUUGUACGUGGCAUAUAUAAGCAUAAAUAAUGAAUUAAACAGAAUUUAGCAUAUAAGCUUAAAACUUAACUCUUUAUAUACAUACGUAAAGAAAUCCCCUAUAAACCUUAGGUCAAACACACACUUAAAAGGCGGUUCCUGUUUAGUUUAAACCAUAGUUCAAAUUAUGUUUUGUGCUUCUUUUGUAAUUUAUUUAAUUAAUUUUGUUGUUUGUGUUCGUCUUUCAUUUGUUACGGCCAACCACCACACACACAACAAGCACUUAACAGAGCAGCUAAGAGUAAAUAAUGUUGAUUAUCUAGAGUAACUCACACAUAAAGAAUCUAAUCUAAUAAUUAUUAUUGUUAGCCAUAGUC